AUGUCUUGCAACGGCUGCGCCUGCCCUGAUACGUCAACAUCGACAGCAGAUGGCAUUGGUGUCUCGAAGGCCAACAGGGAAGCGAUAACCGGCAACGUUCGGUAUCUUCUGAAGACGUUCCAUAAUUGUAGCGGCGUUCUUGCUGAUCCCUCCUUCUACUUGAACAAGCUCCAGGAGAUAGUCGAAGUGGUUGAAACGGCUUUUGUCCGAGUCACUCCGUGUGAGGAGGUACUACUUCAGCUACGUGAAUUACUCAGUACCGGAUUUCCUCAACCUGCAGCCCAUGCGAAGAAUGGGCCAGCGGCAGUACCCCGCUGUGGUGGCCCGCCUAUCGUGGACCGCGGGCAGCCUCCAUCUAUUCGCUUCACGGUUGAGCAGACCGACUGGGAGCAGGUCAACAAGCACGAAAAUACACAGAUCAAGACGAUGCUGGGCGAUUUAGGUCCGCCGUGGAGUGAGGUAGUUCAGGCCAUCCAGCUGGUGGAUCAGCAGUUCAUUGUUCUUGAUGGCAAGAAGUACACUGAUUUGAGAGAUUGGGACAGACGAUGGGAUCGUUUCCAGUGCUACUGGUGCCUGGGGGAGAACCACAGUGCAGAGUGGUGCAGGGGGAGGGGAGCGAAGCCAUAUUGUCUUUGGUAUGCUGAGUCACAUCCCUCCAAGGAGUGUCCGGUCUGGGACAUUGUGGUGAAGAAGAACUGCAUCUACUGCGGGGAGAACCAUUGCGGGACAGACAACAAGUGCAAGCAUCCCACUGUUGUCGCCGAGCUCGAGAAGCGAGGCAAGAUGCAAGCCCGAGGAACACGAUGGUAUCGACGUCGUCAAGUCACCGAUGAUGAGGGUUUUACAUUUCCCCUUGGGCGUAGCAGUAGGCGUAGUGUUAGGCGCGGAAAGGCGUCUGCAGCUGCUGGUGCCGGUGCUACCGCCAGCACCGAGGCUGCCACGGCUCAAGCUCAAGCCAUGGAUGCCACUGGAAAGUCUGCAGACCCACCACUCAGGCAGCAGACAAUCUUCGCGUACACUGUCCCGAAGCCACCGAACAACAAACAGGCGGGUACUGCAACAUCCCCGCGCCGCCCCCGGACGCCUGCUUCACAGCCGUCAACAUCGCGUCAACCUCCGGCAGCGAACAAAGAUGGGGCAUUUGCCAAGUCUAUCAAGGACAACAGCAGGACCUACGAGAAUGUCUUGGACGCCAUGGAGAGCCGCCUGCCGCCCCCGGGCGCCACAGAGAGUCUCCCACAUAAUUACACGUCUGUUACGAACGGUUCGCCCAGCAAGAAGCGGAAGAACAAUAACUGGCAAGGCAGGGGUGUCGCCUCCCCUCCACCGGGCUCCCACGAACUCCCUCACUCCACCGUUGGGCAUUACACCGCAAUUGCCGUCUCUAGGCAAUGUUCCCCGCCAGUCUAA